ACUACUCUCUUGUGAGCUCGCCAGCUACGAAAGGCAUCUGGUAGGUUGGGACAGGCGACAUCAUGUCGGGGGCUCGAGGAGCUCAGCCGCCGGGAACGCUGACGCCGACGGCGUAUGAGUCAGUGCCCGAGGAGCGCAACAGGACCCGGCUGGAUCCGCGUUCCAAGGAAGACGAAGGCAUGAUCAGGGUCGACAAGUUGCAGGACAAGGUCGGGCCUGCCGUCGGCGACGUCAACCAGGCGCGGACGCAGGAGAAGAAACCUGACACUACUAGUCAUAGAGCAGACGAGCAGUGAUAUAUGUACACUCUUGCAAGAGUAAUAAUAAAGUAGCUUG